AUGUCAGGGAUUGACAUUUUGGGUUUGAAGGAUCCAAACCCGAACAGCCAAAUCCGAACGGCUUAUGCGCACCCGUAUGCAUCCUCGGUCUCUUCCUCCGCCUCUUCCUCGUCCUCUUCGGUCUUCUCGCUAGAUGGCCUGUCCACCCAGAGCUCCAUCUCCUCAACCGCGACGAACCCGGUUGAUGUGAUCUGGGAGAAUGAAGGCGAAUACCAGGCUGGGGGAAGAGCACUUGCUGCUGCAAACGGUGCGCGCGGUUACCUAAGGGGCGUGGUCCCGAAGGCAACUGAUCCUGCUAUUCCGCCCGAGUUACGUAAGCAUCCGCGGCGGACCAACAGUUCAUGCACGCGGCCUCCGCCGUGUCUUUUGAGACAAUCGGAACGGAAGGUCAACUUUGUCGAUAAUCUUGUCGACACCGCGUCGCAGAUUGUUGAGGUCAUUUGGCCCUUGUCGGCUGUCUCGCUGCGGAGUGAUUCGGCGACUGGAUGCAAAGGCGUCUUGCCUCUGCGGACAUUCAUCCAGGAGACACUCCGCCGCUCCCGCACCAGCUAUAGUACCCUCCAGGUGGCGCUUUACUAUCUCAUCAAGAUUAAGCCCCACGUGCCGAGCCAUGAGGCGACUCAGGACCAGGCCCGGGGCAAGCCCGUCUGCCGGGCUAUGCAGUGUGGGCGGCGCAUGUUUCUUGCAGCGCUAAUCCUCGCAUCCAAGUAUCUCCAAGAUCGCAACUAUUCCGCUCGCGCUUGGAGUAAGAUCUCCGGUUUGAACACGGCCGAGAUCAACCAGAACGAACUGAUGUUUCUGGAAGCGGUUAACUGGCGACUCCAUAUCCCCGAGUCUCUUUUUCAGCGCUGGACUGACAUUGUACUGAAGUACACUCCUGGUGCUGGUAACAUGGCUUUUGGGGAUGGGCAAUGUUGGCGUACGAUCAUCCCGAAGCUCACGCCUGACCUAGAGGAAUUUGACGCCAGCCCCGCGACACCUACCAUGCAGUCUUUUGGCUCCCGCUCGGUGUCGGACUCGCCAUCCCCUCGGGGCACAUCGUUCAAGAGGGAUCUUCCCGGCCAAGCAACAAACGAGCCCGUCAGCCUGCCCUCCAUCCAUGAGCAAAUCGCUGCAUGCGGGCGUCAAGCGCUGGAGUCGGUGACUCGUAAAGAGACCACACUUCCCUCUCUCCCGUCAUUGCCGCCCAUGCCGCGGCCGGCUAUGCUGCCGACACCGCAGAUGACGCCUCAAGCGAGCAUCGCCUCCACUCCUGCAGUGAGUGCUGGCGGUAUGCCUGCGCACCGCCGUUACAUGCAAACUGCUAUGUCCCAGGCGCAAAACAUGUGCACGGCGCGGUCGAUCUACGACCAGCGCCCGUCACUACAGUUUUGCCCUCGGGCUAACACGUUUGAUGGGUACCCUAACUUGGUGCGCCGGUCCUCUCUGGCCCGCUCGGCUUCCUCUGCGUCAUCUCCGGAUUCGAUGAUCUCGGAUGUGUCAAGCAUGUCGUCGCAGUCAUCGCGAUCGUCAUCUAUGUCCUCCAGCUCUUCAACUGGUGUGUCUGCUAUGCCUCGCCUGGCUGUUCAGGCCACGCUCCGAUGCACUGGCAACUCCCUCAAGGAGUGCCGCAAGAAUCUGGCCAUCGCAUCGCCCAUCGAUGAGGGCGCACUCGGAGAUAUCUACAGCUCGCCUGAGACUUAUGGCGGUCCUCUUGGCCAGGUUCCGGAUAUGUCCGGCUACUCGCUGGAGCCCCCGGUGGACCUGUCUUCUGCUCACGAGGCAGCACAGAGUCUUUGUGCUCUUUCUGGUGCUGUUCCUCGCGCUCAGCAAACGAUCGAGCAACAGAACGUUGGUCAGCGUGUGUGUCGCAAACGCGGCCGCACCGGAUCCGAGGACAUGCUGCACGGUCAAAUCCGUCAUCUCGUCAAGUCCAAAACCUUUGCUGAAGGCACUGUACUACCUGAUGGGAACAUGGCGGAUCUGUUCCUGAACCCCGAGGCCCGCCGCACGCAAACUCUCACCGCUUCUCAGCUGAGUGCAUUGAACUACAACGUUCCGCUCUCGGGCCCCGUUGGCAUGAAGCGUGCCUGCUGCGGGAGCGAAGCCAGGAAGAUUGCGCUCAACCCAAGCAUGCGGGCUGACUACUAG